AUGAUGGCAACACAAGACGGGCAGCAGGAUAACGGCCUUUAUUCUCGCGAAACAUCUGCCCGCAGAUCACAGUCCCCAUCGAAUAUCCAACAUCGUCGCGGCUAUCAGGCUUGCGAUCCGUGUCGCAAGCGCAAAGUCAAGUGUGACCUUGGGAGUGUUGAUAACCCCCGCCCGCCACCAUGUGUGCGAUGCCGACGUGAGAGUAAGCGCUGCGAGUUCUCCGCCACACGGCGCAAACGCAAGACUUCCGACGUGGAGAGCAAUGUCGAUGAUGUUCUUCGUCGCGACAAGCGAAUGAUGACCGGGGAUACUGCUUCCAAAGCCGAGCCUUCACCCAGCGCGAGAUCCUCUUCUUUUCCACAGACAGAGCUUCCUACAUUUGACACCCCCGGUCAAUCGCAGCCAAAGUGGAUCAACAAAUCUCCUUCGAACGGUCAUCUACCACAGCCGAGCAACGGUAGUCAGAGUUACGGUGCGAAUUUACCUACGUCUACAGCACAGUUCACGGAUUUAAGGAAUACAAGGCACCCGGUGUAUUCCGUUGGGGAGCGGUCGUCUGUCCCAAGGUUUAGCCUCGAGGGCAACCAGCCCAUGAUGAACCGUACUGCUGUUGAGCUACUAUCACCCGCGAUCAGUAACAGCCAUGAUGCUUUGCAUCUUUUGUCGGAGGCUGCCGGAAGGACCGAGGACUUGAAUCGUCAAAGCCUAGAGAACCGGUAUACUGCGGCCCGGCAGUCAGGCUCGUCGUUCACAUCACCCAUGUCGACCAUGACCCAGGCGGGAACCCCACGAAGCGCGGGCGGUUCGUUUUCACGACAACAUCGAUCAGGAACUGUGCAGUCUACAAACUACUUCCAGGGCAGUGGGCUGGCUUCUGGGGAGUCUCAUUUGGACACUCGCGACCGAACGAGUUCUGCAGGACAUCCCUCGGACUCGGGCUAUCUGGAUGCUGUCAAGGCAUGGUCUCGGCUACGGUUUGUCCGUGCUGGCUGGCUUUCGGUCGAGGAGUCAAUGGCCUACGUUGCAUAUUACUAUGAGCACCUCGCACCUCUGAGUCCAAUAGUAAUUCCCGACUUCUCGCAUCCUUCAACACAUCGCACUCUCCUCACUGAUGAGCCGGUCCUGGCGGUAACGAUAUUGACCGCUGCAUCGAGACAUAUGAAGCCGAGCGGAGACGGCGCGCACUCCCGAGCCUUUUACAUACAUGACCGCCUUUGGUCGUAUCUGCGUGGAAUGAUUGAGCGCUUGUUCUGGGGCCAGGAGAAGUUUGGUGGGAACGGCAUCGGCAUCAGCAAACCCCGGUCCUAUUUAACGACCACCUCCGCCAAGAUCAGUCACAAGGGAAACCUGAGAUCUUUGGGUACGAUUGAAGCUCUGUUGAUUCUUACAGACUGGCACCCACGCAAUCUGCAUUUCCCUCCUGGUGAUGAUGAGAAUGCACUCAUUGAUCUUGACGUACACACUGGCUUGCACGACAAAGAUCUGGAAAACGAUCAUGAAAACACCCACAAUCGAGGCUCCAGCGGCGUACCUGAGGGCAGACUGGCCUUUCAGACAUGGCUGGAACCCGCUUGGCGGUCAGAUCGGAUGUCAUGGAUGUUGCUCAGUACCGCGCAAGCGUUAGCAUUUGAGUUGGGCGUAUUUGACAACAAGAGCGAUGCCAAAUUAUCCACCGAAUCGUUAGCUGAGCAAACCCGGAAACGUCGACUUCGUCGCCUCAUCCUUGUGUAUAUUACGCAAAGCAGUGGUCGCCUGGGCAUACCCUCUAUGCUUCCACUGACGCAGUGGUCGGAUGAUAUCCAGCCCACUCCUCUGACUGGCUCCAAGGCCAACGAGAUCGAUAAGAUGCAUGAUUGCUGGCUUGGCAUAUCUAAGAUUAUGUACAAAGCUAAUCAGUAUCUGUUUGCGUCCAAUGAGCAGACGUCUGAACUUAUACGGAGUGGGCGGUAUCGAGAUCAGAUUGACAGAUUUCAGCCCUUCCUUCGAGAGUGGCGGCAAACCAUUGAUUCCACUGAGUUGCACCCGGCAAUGAGGCACAUCUUGAUGAUCGAAUAUGAAUAUACCCGAGUAUACGUCAACUCCUUAGCAUUACAAGCAGUGGUCGAUCGGUGGACAACAAUGUCAAACGAGGCGGCACAGGCUAACAACAAACCCGGUUCCGCAACCGGGAGCGGGUCAUAUAAUGUGUUGAUGGAAUUAUACCGCGUCAAUGAGCCUUUUAUUCAAGAGGUGGUGGAUGCAUCUCGCAAGAUCCUGACAACAGUGCUCGAGGACCUUGUUCCUGGAGACCAUUUGAAACAUGCUCCUGUUCGAACCUGCUUCCGGCUUCUCUCCGGGAUGAUAUUUAUUCUCAAAACCUUCACCCUUGGUGCUAAAGAAGAUGAUGUGCGCAUCUCCCUUGAUCUUCAAGACCGCACUGUUGAAGCACUGCGAACGUGCGUUGUCGAUGACAUCCACCUAAGUCACGCCAUCGCCCGCCUCGUCGAGCUCUUGACAACAAAUAUCCGCACCCGCUUCCUCCGCUUCGCCCCAUUAGACCGUAGCGGUGAUAACGAAAGCCAUGAUCGAACAUCUGCACCAACAUCCCGGGCUCAAUCGCCACCAACCACCCGCCGCGAUGCCAUAAACAACCACAACUGGACGCCAGGGCACUCAGCGCAUAACCAGAACCUGGGGUACACAGACACCCACCCGCCGGUAACAACAACACCCAUAACCUCAGUUCACGACCCCCUCGCCGGCAUCCCAGCACAACCAAUCAACUCCUCCAACAUCAAUGUCAGCUUCAUGCCUCCCCCACCAUCAGUAUAUUACAACUUCUACGAACCACGCACCACCACGCCCUCAGGCGAUAUGGACGGUUCAGGCUCCUCAGCCAUGCCGCCUCAGUCCAUGGGCGAAACCCAGAACCAACCCGGAGUUUCAGACUGGUUUGCACUUCCGCUCGACCAGUUCUUCAAUUCUUCGACCGCGGUCGUGGAUCAAGGUCUGGGUGGCACGGGACCCAUGGUGGGAGAGUUCGAUAUGCUUGAGGUCUUGCUCAAUGAGCAGUAUGAUGGGAGCAGCGAGGGGCUUGAGUCUGGAGUCGGAGGGUUGUCUUCGCAGUUUAUGCAGUCGUAG